CUCCACUCCGCAUCGUCUUAACAACAUCACGGCGGCUCGGUACAGUACAACACAGCGCAGUAUACUCCCGAGUACCCACGGACCAUGAGCGCCAUCGAGGCGCUGUACAUCUACGACGAGCACAACUCACUGCUCUUCAACCAUGUCUACACGAACAAGCCGCCUGCUGCCACCAUCGUCCUCCCGCUAUACCUGCAACAUGAGUCGCCGCGACCGAGUGUGAUCUAUCUGACUGCCACGAAUCCGCCCACGGUCCUUUUCUCCAUCUUACAGGACAACCUACUCUUCCUGUCACCUGCCUCCAACGACAUCGAGCCCCUGCUUGUGCUAGAGUUUCUACACAGAGUCGCCGAUGCUUUGGAAGAGUUCCUGGGAAGCCCGUUGAUCGCCACGAAGCUCUCGUCGAACUAUGAUAUUGUGGCCCAGAUCGUGGCCGAAAUGGCCGACUGUGGUGUCAUCUGUCAAGGAGAAGCCAGCGCGCUCAGAGACGUGGUGGAAACUGGACCAGGAGUGCUUAAGAACCUUCUUGGUGGCGUAGGUCUACCUGGAUCCAGUCCGAAUCUACAAGCUAUGGGAUCGGGGGGACUAUCCAGGCAGACACUGUCACAAGCACAAACCACCCAAGGCUCGGCAGUACCAUGGCGGCGGACAAAUGUACUCCAUACGAGCAAUGAAAUGUACGUUGAUAUUGUGGAGACGUUGCAAGUCACUCUCGCGCCCUCUGGGAGGCCAUUGUCUGCAUUCGCGAACGGCAGUGUUGCCUUCAAUUCGAAGCUCAGUGGGGUGCCAGAUCUAGUGCUCAGUCUGUCAACAGGAGGAAAAGGUGCAGGCAUGGGCACAAGAGGCGAUCAAUUACGAAAUGUUAUGGAGCGUGUGGUCUUUCACCCUUGUGUGCGAUUGGCAAAGUGGAAAACAGAGGGCGUCAUGUCGUUUGUACCACCGGACGGCAGAUUUGCACUCUGCGGCUACGAGUCGGAUCUACUUGGACCGGAUCUCAAUCUCAGCACAGCAAAAUCAACAUCGAAUGGUCUCAACCUGCCCGUCAGCAUCGAGAUCACGACCGGCCUGGGUUCGUCAGGCGCCGAUUUCGAAGUCCGAGCGAAGCAAAACUCGGCCAGCUUCUCCCCAGCGGCCGCAUCACUCCAAUCCAAUCUUGGAUCUGGUCGGCCCGGUGCAUCAUUCAGAAGUACAAAUCCUACCGGACAUUCAAGCGCGCCUGCACUGGAGGACCUGACAAUACAUAUCCCGCUUCCGCCUGCUGUCCGCAAUCUGAGCGAUAUGCGACCCAGCAAAGGCGAAUCGCAUUGGAAUCCCGCAGAUGGCAACGUUGAAUGGAGGAUAUCGCCCAAAGACCUCGGACCCGGCGGAGCAAUUCUACGGUGCAGUGUCUUGGGUCCUCUGAACGACGAGAAUAACAAUGCCGAUGGCAGCAGCUCUUCUUCUGGAGGAGUAGUCAACGGCAAAACAGCAACAACGUAUGACUACGACGAAGAGCCAACAGGAGGACAUUACAGCAACAGUAAAUCGAAAAGUGGAAUGAAUGGUUCCGAUCGUACUGAGCAGCAGAAUGCUCGAAACAGAGAGCUCAUGCCUUCGUGCGCGACAGUGAGCUUCAGCGUCAAAGGCUGGCUCGCAAGCGGCUUGAAGGUGGAAAGUUUAGUGCUCGAUACCAAAAAGAGUCGAGGUCUGGCGCCGAGCGUGAAACCUUAUAAAGGCGUCAAGUAUCUUACUGUUAGUCGACAGGGUGUGGAAAUACGAUGCUGAAAAAACGAUGGGUACAUAUAGAGCAUACUCUCUACAACGUUUACAGAGCCAUGUUUUGAAACUACUCAGGGUCGAGGAAAUUUAAUUCGUCUCGCCUACCUACUUGGACUAUUGCUCACAGUUGAGCAUGAGCAUGAGCAUCACGCAUAAGUGCGUGACCUUGGAAAAAGGAACUAGUUGCUUUUGAAGGGCUCCAGCAAUUUAUCUAUAGCACUAGGCUGCUACUGCACUCCCAACGAUUCUAAUUCUUCCUUCUAGCCUGGGGGCGAUACCUUUUGUCCAAGCUACAGCGAACUCAUCCCCUUUCUGCUCGACCAUUCUCGGAUUCCCGGGGAGACCAGCCAGUCGCCACCACUUUCUCAUCACUUUCCUCAUGAUGGCGAGCUCUCGCUCUCGAGCCGGGUCAUCAGGCAGGUCGUCAUCGCCAUCAUCCUCACUGUCUGACAACUGGAACCCUUGUUCGCCUUUGCUGGAGUCCUGCUGCUCGUUGAGCUUUCUAGACUUUGCUGGUCGUUCCGUCAACUCCGACCUUUGCCGACGAUGCUGCUGUGCUCGCGCAACGAGUGAUUCUCGGACCUCGCCGUGUGUCUCUUCUGUCUGUUCUCCCGAGGAGACUUCGAUGUUCGCAGUGGACUUGGCGCUCGCGGCCGAGGCUUCUACUGGCGAAGCGUUGAGGAUGGGAUGCACUUUGUGCAAGCCUUCGUGAACCUGCUCGAAAUGGCCUAGCAUUCCGCCAAACCGCUUCCAUUUCCCUAUGAUCCUCAGACUCAUGAAGUAUUGUCGUAUGAUCAUGCUGAUCAGUCCACCGUUCUCGUCUGAUACGAUGCUCCGAGCAGGCCCUCCGUCUUCCUUGAGUUUCAAGCUGGUGAAGCCAUCCCGGCCGUGAAUCAUGUAGUCUCUGCUGGCUAGCGUAUACUCUUUCUCCAUGUCUACAGGUUUCUCGCCGAUCCUGAUGUCUGAACAUCUGCUCCCUUCCGGUUUGGAGGGAUCGAACAUGAACUUGAUAUUGCUGACUUGUGGAAAUCGACCUUCAAGAGCAGGAUAUUUGCCCACAGCAUUCUCCAAUGCCGCAACAAUAUGCUUGCCCUGUAGCGCUACCACGACGCAAGGGUCUUCAAAGGGAAAACAGUUCAUCAUAUCUUUCACUCUGAGCACGCCCGGGGGGUAGAUUUGGUCGCCUCGAAUGGUUCCUGCGGCCAUGAUGCAGCAAUCGGUAUCAUAGUAGUAUCGCAUCAGAUCGCAUACGAAAUUCCCGAGAUUUGACUCUUGGGUUCGCACCGUAGAAAAGCGUGCAUCCAGAGGAGCGGAAGUGUAGCCUAUCGGUUUUUCGAGCAUAGGUCGUAGCUUCGCCGUGAUGUUCUCGACCAUGGCUACAGCCGAAGGGUCCGACGGAAUGGAUGAGACUACAUCUCUUCGAAAGAUAUCGAAGUCCCAGGCUUUCCCAUUGCGUCGGGCUUCGAUGUAGGAGAGCUGUUUGAAGUCUGUACCGGAGCGAAGUACAUGGGUGCCGUUUAUGAUAGAAUGGGCGUAGAAAUGGUCGUGUCCUCCAAGAAUGAUAUCCGCCACUCCCGGUUGAAGCUUGCUAGCGAGUUUAUCGUCAUUGGGCUGCCGCUGGUGCGAGACCACAACAAUCAUUUCAGCGCCUUCGGCUCGAAGCUUCGGUGCUAUUUCAGCAACUGUGGCGCUCGCGCUGAGAUAGACCAGGUUCGGCGGUAAAGUGUUGAUUGUGUCCAACCACUCCCUUUCGACAAUCCCAAUCACUCCAAUUUGAAUCCCAUUGCUUGAACACAACAUCACGCUGCGUUUGCAAUUACCCACAGGUAUAUCCUGGCCUAGAGCGGGAUCUAGCACAUUUGCACAAAGCCACGGGAACUUGCAGCGCUCGGCCAGAUACUGGAACUGUUCGACACCGAAAUCCAGGUCAUGAUUGCCUAAGCACGCCACGUCGGUAUGGAGGUUAUUUAGUGGCGCCAGCAUGUGCUUCCCUUUCGUGACUGAUGAUUCCAGAGACGGGUUGAAGGCGUCGCCCGAGAAGAAGGUGAGCAACUCAGGCUGGCCCAAGUACUUCGCAGCACUACUUCGAUAGCCUUCGCACAGAGUCUGGAAUCUUGCAAUACCGCCAACAGGCUCUCGCGAGCCUGGCUCGAC